AGUAAGACUGAAUCAGAGUACAACUAUUCGGAUACCCAUGAUUGAUCCCGACGGUGAUUUUGUUAGAUGUGAAGUAUCGAAAUUUACAGAAAUUGGAAGAUUUCCAGAUACACCCGGACUUAAUAUUCUUGACGAGGACAAAUCAACUGUGUGUAAAGUGACAAUUAAUACAAACGUAUCUCUUGGCUAUAAAGAUGAAACUUGGGUAGUAAUACCAAUCACUUUCCGAGACUUUAAUACAAAGAAGAUGAAGUUUGGCACUAAAAUCUACCCUCCAGUACUUUUUGCUCUCAGUUCCACUGGUACCCAGUUUACCGUGCAAGUGCUUGAAAAUCUUGUAACUCCAGAGUUUGUUUCUCCAACUAAGAAAGUCGAUCAUGUUUUUAUCGUAUAUGUUGGUACAACAUGGUCUACGGACAUCUAUGCUAAGGCUCCACAAAACACAACAAUAUUCCGCUUCAUCCCAACUGGGCGCAAUGGAGAGAAUGUGACAUUAUCAAGCAUACGUGAAGAUACUACACGAGAACGAGUUGCGUAUACAACUGUGUCUUGGCUGCCUACAUCAAAUAAUAAAGGCCAGCAUAUAAUAUGUGUUAGAGUUGCUGACUAUACAGGGUAA